CUGAUCUUCCCAGCAGACCUCACAUACGACUGCCCAAGCUCCACGAGACCUCCCAACACGCCAACAUCAUGGCCGACGACGAGAUGGAUCCCAGCCUCCAGUCUAUCGUGGACCAGAAGUCGCUGAAAUGGAUAUUCGUUGGCGGCAAAGGCGGUGUCGGCAAGACGACGACCUCCUGCUCCCUCGCCGUUCAAAUGGCCCGCGCCCGCAAAUCCGUCCUCCUCAUCUCCACCGACCCCGCUCACAACCUCUCCGAUGCUUUCGGUGUCAAGUUUGGCAAGGACGCACGUCCUGUGCCCGGUGUUGAGGGACUCGCUGCGAUGGAAAUCGAUCCAAAUGGCAGCAUCAACGAUCUGAUCAAGGCGGGAGGUGACGACGCGGAAGAGGCGAUGGCAGGACUAGGCGGUGUGGGAAGCAUGUUCCAAGAUAUGGCAUUCAGCAUCCCGGGUGUGGACGAGGCGAUGAGUUUCGCGGAGGUGUUGAAGCAAGUCAAGGGAAUGGAAUACGAGUUGAUCAUCUUCGAUACCGCGCCAACGGGACACACACUGCGAUUCUUGCAGUUCCCGACCGUGCUGGAGAAGGCGCUGGGCAAGUUGAGCCAGCUCAGUCAACAAUUCGGACCGAUGAUCAACAACCUCAUCGGAGCGAGAGGCGGACUUCCAAAUGGACAGAGUUUCGACGAUGUGUUGAAGAGGAUGAAUGACUUGCAGGAUACGAUCAGCGAGGUCAACAAGCAGUUCAAGAACCCAGAUUUGACAACAUUCGUGCCGGUGCUGAUUCCUGAGUUCCUGUCACUAUACGAGACGGAACGCAUGAUUCAAGAGUUGGGAACAUAUGAGAUUGACACGCACGCGAUGGUGGUCAACCAGCUGCUCUUCCCGAAGAAGGACAACCCUUGCGAGCAGUGCAAUUCGAGGAGGAAGAUGCAGAAGAAGUAUCUGGAGCAGAUUGACGAUCUGUAUGGCGAGGACUUCCAUGUGGUCAAGAUGCCACUGUUGGUAGAUGAGGUCAGAGGGGUGGAGAGCAUUUCCAAAUUCAGCGAGAUGCUCGUCAAGCCCUUCGUCCCGGCGGAGUAG